AUGACAACAACCAGAGAUAUUCCUAAUUCGCCAUUACUUCAACGCCUGGAUUCUACGGCCCCACAUGCAUUCGAAAAGCCUUCCAAACGAAUAUAUGACCACCAAGAUGUCUCUACCUUCCUUACCUCCCUCGCCUACAGGGAUAUCAUGACAUUUAUUCUCCAGCUGAACCGAUCCAUGGUGCCAACAAAAACCAUUGAAAACGGUUCACCAAAGAUACAGACAUGGCCCCUAGGUUCAUGCGCAAUUAGCUUUUCAGAACCCGUGAGGCAAUUACAGCUUCUACUGACGAAGUUAGAGGCCAUAAUCAUCGAAGUUCCUCCUGACACGGGGCCACGGAGAUUCGGCAAUAUUAGUUUCCGCAAAUGGUUUGAGGAGAUGGAGUUACGGGCUAGUUCCAUGUUAGACGAGUGCUUGCCCUCUGAUGUGCUGCUACGUGGGGCACAAACCCCAGAUUCUGUGACAGCAAAGGUGGAACUGAUGGCAUAUCUUACCGGCGGUUUUGGGAGCCCUCAACGUCUGGACUAUGGCACAGGGCAUGAAUUAAGCUUUUUGGCAUUUCUUGCUUGCCUGUGGAAGCUGAAUGCUUUCUCAGCGAGCGACUCGGGAGCAGAAGAGCGAGGUAUAGUCGUUGGUGUUAUAGAACCAUAUUUAAAACUCAUUCGUCAUUUGAUUAUCGCCUAUACCCUCGAACCUGCCGGCUCCCACGGUGUAUGGGGUCUCGACGACCACUCUUUCAUUCCCUAUAUUCUUGGUUCUGCCCAAUUGGCACCGGCAUGUAGCCCAUUACAAAAAACACCUAUUGAGGGCUCCUUAGAAGAUGCCCCUGCUCCGAGCUCUACCGCUAAGCCAAAUGUCGUAGAGCGGGAAAGAAAAGCCAAUAUGUAUUUUGCGGCGAUCAGCUUUAUCAAUGAUGUGAAAAAAGGCCCCUUCUGGGAACAUAGUCCAAUGCUAUAUGAUAUAUCUGGCAUCAAGGAUGGAUGGGGUAAAAUCAAUAAGGGAAUGAUUAAGAUGUACAAUGCAGAGGUUUUAUCGAAAUUUCCUGUCGUACAACAUUUUCCUUUCGGCUCUUUGUUCCGUUGGGAGAAAGACCCCAAUGCUGCUUCACCACUAAUGCCUGCCCAGUCGUCUUCCUGUCAUUCCCAACCAAAGAAUACUGCGGCUCCUACAGUAUCAGACUCCAGAUCGGCUGUGGACGCGGGUACUAAAGCCCCCUGGGCCUCAAUGGGCCCUCCACAAACAUCAAACUCUGCUACUGCAAGAGGUCUAUCUAGUUAUGGAAUUUUACGUAACCCCUCUGCUUCCACGCAGCCUCCUUGGGUCUCACAAUCGGUAGAAAAUUCUACAUUAAAUCCUCUCCCACCGGCCCAAGCACCCUGGGCUGCGACAACGCCGCCAGAAAGCGGGUACGAUCCGGACUCCGCAACCACCAAAGCUCCAUGGGCAAAGUAG